AUGCUAAUCGGUGGGUUGGGAGUGCUGUGGGUCCAGAGCCGCAUUGAACUUGAGGCCGUCUACCUCCUUGAGAUACGGGCGGAAGUAAUCGACAUGGUCGAGCAGGGGAGCAAAUGCUGCAUUCAGGAACGAGCCGAGAAUAAAGUUUUUAGCGCAACCAUCAGAGUUCAGUCCCGUCGAGGGCUAGGGCUUGCUCAACCACAAAUUGUCGUUGGAACUUUCGCGGAUAUUGGUAAGGUUCAGGGUACCGGGAGCCACCCAAAGUACCAGCAUAUCAUUGCCGAGAUAUCUGGUGGAAGCACGUGA